CAGCAGCGCGGUUUCCGGUAGCUCUGAAGUGUUUCCGCUCAGCACAGCGAAGAUGGCGCGGCUUGUUGUUAGACGCGUUUAUUGAUCAGUGAAUGAGAUGAAUAUUUGAUAUCGAAUAAAGUCGUUGAGGUAAAUCAGAGACUUCACAAUCAUGGGGCGACGCUCCACCUCCUCCACCAAGAGUGGAAAAUUCAUGAACCCCACGGACCAGGCCAGGAAGGAGGCCCGCAAGAGGGAGCUGAAGAAGAAUAAGAAGCAGAGAAUGAUGGUCCGAGCUGCUGUCCUGAAGAUGAAAGACCCUCGACAGAUCAUCAGAGACAUGGAGAAACUCGAUGAGAUGGAGUUCAACCCGGUUCAGCAACCUCUUCUGAAUGAGAAAGUUUUGCGUGAUAAACGGAAGAAGCUUCGUGAGACCUUUGAGCGAAUUGUCCGUCUGUAUGAACGAGAGAAUCCAGAGACCUACAAAGAGUUACGUAAGCUGGAGAUAGACUACGAGACCAAACGUGGACAGCUGUCACUGUACUUUGAUUCGGUGAAGAACGCUGAGUCUGUAGAGGUGGACAGUAUUCCUCUUCCAGACAUGCCUCAUGCUCCCUCCAGCAUUCUCAUCCAAGAUAUUCCACUACCCGGUGCCCAACCGCCGUCAAUACUGAAGAAGAGCUCUUCACUCGGGAAGGGGACAGCCGUCUCUUCGGCUGCACUGGCUGGAGUUCCUCGUCUGCCGCCUGGACGGAAACCACCAGGACCUCCACCAGGACCUCCCCCUCCACAGAUACUACAACUGUACGGAAACACACGACGAGCAGAAGCUGAUACUGGAUCAGACACUGAGAUGAUGGAUACCGGAGGUCGGGAGACUGACAGCGAGAGCGACGCAGGUGAUGACAGCGACUCGCAGGGUGACAGCGCUGGAGAGAGAGACGAGACGGAGACUGACGUCAGAAUGAAAGGUGAUCGUCAUGACGACAGAGAGCACGAGAGAGACAGAGGUCGCAGUGUGCGGUUUGCUGACAUGCCUUCACCCAGAGAUAACCGAAAGAAGAAGGUGGUGAAGAAGACCAAGAACAUCACACCACUGCAGGCUAUGAUGCUCAGGAUGGCAGGUCAGUCUGUCCCAGAGGAAGAGGAGGUCGAAGAGGAGUACACAGACUCUGAGUCGUCAGACGAGGAUGAAGGAGGUGUCGUUGCUGAAGCUGAUAACUCAGUGGCCAAUCCCAGACUUCCUGCUCCGUCUGCUCCAGCGGCAGCUCAACAACCUCCCCCACACCUGCAAGCUCCACCAAUCACAGGGCCUCCACCUUUAGGACCGCCUCCUGCUCCACCAAUGAGACCGCCAUCUGGCCCGCCUCCAGGACCGCCCCCUGGUGCACCUCCGUUCCUGAGACCGCCUGGAAUGCCUGCUGCUCUCAGAGGGCCGAUUCCACGUAUGUUGCCUCCGGGACCCCCGCCGGGCCGACCUCCAGGACCUCCUCCAGGGCCGCCGCCAGGUCUUCCUCCCGGUCCACCCCCCAGAGGACCACCACCCCGCCUGCCCCCUCCCGCUCCUCCAGGAAUGCCUCCACCACCCCCUCCCCCUCGCUCUGGACCCCCCCGCAUGGCCCCACCGCUCUCCUUAUUUCCUCCUCCGCUUAACCCCAACGUGCUUAGUGCUCCCCCCAACAUCGUUUCACGUCAGAAACCGUCCUCUGCGACGUCCUCCGGCGAAGGUCCUCAGAGCGCGUCCGUGCUUGCGCGUCCCUCCGGCUUGCAGAUGCCGCCGCCCCCGGGCACCGCACCCAACCCUCUCGGCCCCACCAUUGAGAAACGGGCCAACAUCUCUGGCCCCUCCGCGGCUCAGCCAGGCGGCGCCACCAUCUCGGCCAAACCGCAGAUCAUCAAUCCCAAGACGGAGGUGACGCGUUUUGUGCCCACGGCGCUCCGCGUGCGCAGGGACCGGGCCGGCGCUGUGGGCGGUGCAGAGAAAGCGGGAGGCAGGAAAGAGGACGAGAGAGAGCUGCCUAGACAUCAAGUGUCGACAAACCCGGCCCAUCCAUCCGGCGUGGCCCCGCCCAGCAUGAAGACUAAGGAUCAGAUGUAUGAGGCGUUCAUGAGGGAGAUGGAGGGCCUGCUGUGAUCUCAACUUUAGCUAGUCAAUAAAACCCAGAAACAUCUGUGCUACAGCUGUUAAAGUUGUGCUUACUGUGGCAACAUUUAGGUUUUUUUAUCAACAGCAUUGUUUGUUAUUGUCAGACAAGAUUGUGUUUCAUCUUUAAAUAUCAAUAAACUUCAAAUGUCAUGGUU